CUUCAUGUCACCUCUUUUGCCCGGUUUGUAUGGCACCUGUGCCUCAGCAUGUGCAUUCAACCCGCAUGUCUACAGAUGUAGGUCUAUCUUUACUGGUCCAGGUCCAAUGCAUUGCCGGCCAACGCUGCUCGACGUCGGCCAACUUGCGAACCACAAGGCGCACAAGGCAGCCACGUCGACCAUCCCACCAAGGACUUCCUUCAAUCUACCAUUGGUCUUCGGGUCUGUAUCUUCUUCUGUUCAAGGACACGGGCUGACCAUAUGAUCCAUGGAGUCCCUCCUCUUUCCCUUCCCUCCCUGUCUUUUCUUCUUUCCUGUAGAGUCAACUUUCAGCCUGAUCGUGACCCCUCCAGAGCUGCGAGGUCAAGACUCUUGGUCACUGUGCUCUCACAAACCAACCCGUCCCUGUCCACAGCUUGAUUACUGUCUUGAACCCCUCAGCCUUGUGGUGCCUUCAUGUAGUUUGGAGCCAUGUCGGGCAGGGUCACCAACACCUAUGGGCUCAAGGCCGCGAUGAAGGAAGAUGAGUGGGACAUUGGUACAUUACCGAGAAGCAACCUCACUACGUUGACCAGACUGACCCUGCUAUCCAGAUUUCGAUGACUCUCGCGAGUUCCUCAUUGAAGCAUGGAAAAACGCCAACGAACUUCAUGAUCUGACCAAGACAGAUAGAGAACAAUCCAAUGACUUCACUUCCCACCAAGUCUUCAGUGACUGGGUAUACAAAGCACGUGAAAAUGCCAAAAAGUCGGGCUCGGCCUUGAGGUCCAAUAUGUUGCUUGUCAUUGUCCAGUUUGUCAGAUGGCUGUGGAACUUUGAGAUGCUCAUUCAGGAACUCGUGGUGGAAAACCAUGAUUCCAAAGAUGAUGUCGUCGAAGUCAAAACUAUCGACACAAGUGCUCUCUGGAGAUUGGCUUAUCUCAAUGUCAAGCUCUCUGUGGACUCUCCCUCCAAGCUCUCAAAAACCCACCGAUGGAUGAAUGAGCUAAGGAGAAACCUGGAACUGCUUGUCAAUGCAGUCCGCAGCUCGAUGGAGCUCAACACUAAUGCCGAUAAUUCAAUACGCAUUGAAAUUAUGGGUGUCGUGGAGCCAUUGAUUGCCCUACUCAGACAUUCUAUCCUCUAUCUCCAACGCAACUACGAUGAAACCGAUUUCUCGGCAAACUACUCAAGCUCUAUGGACCCCAGGAUCCGUGAGACUUCUGAGGCUCUGAACAUGACCAUCAAGCACCUGCGUGAGGUUACCAAUAACAGCAGAGUCAACCAUGUCCAGGAAAGUUCAUAUGCAGCCGAAGUUGGUGUUUUGAGACAGCGUGUCGAGCAGAUGGAUGGAUCUGAGAAAGCAAUCUUUCCCCUCGAGCUCUUGCCCCCUUUUCGCACUGACCACUUCACGGGCCGUGACAAGGAUAUUGAAAAGAUCCAUGCCUGGCUGGGCGUCAGAGAGAACCCACCAAUUCGUACCUAUACCAUCUACGGUCGACGAGGUAUUGGCAAGACUCAGAUCGCGCUGGAAUAUGCCAAACGCUACAAGAAGGAUUACGAUGCCAUUUUUUGGAUCCAAUCAGAAACAAAGGCUGCCCUGCGACAGAGUUUCACCGACGUUGCUCUUGCUUUAGAGCUGGAAGGUGCCGACAACAAUACCACUUUUGAUGAAAACCUGAUGCGCGUUUUGAGAUGGCUACGCCAUACACAGAAACGAUGGCUCCUCAUCUAUGACAACGCCGAACGUGAGCAGCAGUUGAAGGGCUACUGGCCUUCAGGCGGCCAUGGAGCUAUGUUGCUGACAUCUCGAUCCUUCCACAAUUUCUUUGAAGACGAAAAUCGACACGGUGAGACAGUCCAGCUUUUCACCGACCAGGAACGACGAAAUCUGCUUCUGGCAUUGCUCGGUGAUGAAUGGGUGGGUCGGCAUCUUGAUCCUGAGGAUAUGAUGCACGAGAUUGAAGAAGCAGCCAUUGCCGCUCUGAUGAAGAAGACCGGUGGUCUCCCUAUUGCUAUUCGCCACGCCGCUACUCAGAUCCGGGAUCCCGAGAUCAACGAAACUGGCACCGUCCGUGCUUAUAUGGAGUUGUUCAACAUGAGUUUCCAUACGCUGCCACCCCGCCAAACUACGAUUCGUGAUCCUCUGAUACAGUCUCUUGAUACUGUGUGGAACAUUGCGUUCAAGAACUUGGAGACUCCAGCGAAAAACAUCCUCUCAGGAAUCUCCCUACUGGCGCCAGACUCGUUACUGCUGGAUCUCUUCCUGCCCAGUGACCAGCGAAUGUUGACGGACAAACUCGGAUUUUGCCGCACCUCCGGCGUAAGCGCAAAUACCACCGUACCUGGUCCAUCUAUUCAGACCGUCGUGAAUCCAUCGUCUCGACUAAGCGAAGCUCUCGACGAACUACAACGUAAAGGUUUGAUCAAGCGGACCGGCCGCCAGAUCUCCAUGCACCGAACCGUUCAGGAAGCCGUAAACUACCAGGGUAAAGAGGAGUUGACUCAGUUCUACGAUGCCAUGGUUUGCUUGUUAUAUGAUGCCUUUCCCAAACAGCAGGAUGGCCGACCGCUUACUGAGGCUUGGUACUGGUGUCGAAUUUGGAUCCAGCAUGUCGUCACCCUGGCAUACAAGUACCGACUAUAUGCCUCCAAUCGUCCGGCAGAUGAGUUCCCACUCAAGGGAAUGGCGUCUGCCCCAUAUUUUGUGCGACUUUUGGCUAAUGCUGCAUGGUACCUCUUUGAAAUUGCCGACUAUGACGAAGCCCUCACCUUGAUUAAUAUUGCACGCAAUGCAGCUCAAGAUAAGGACUCGCUUACUUACGCCCAUCUUCUCAACACUGAAGGCACUACCUACUACGAGCAGAAUAUCUUGGGCAAAGCACGUGAUGCUCUGGAAGGGGCGCUCGCGAUCCGAACGCGGCUUCUGCCAGAGGGGGACAUGGAAAUUGCCAAUACACUCUCUAAUCUAGGCAACAUAGAGAUGGCAGAAGGCAAUCUUGAUGCCGCGAUGGAGUAUGUGGAAAAAGCGCGACAUAUUCGAGAGGCGAUUGGGGACAACGCGGCCAUGAUGCUUGCCAUCAGCUACAUGCAAGUGGGACGGAUACACUACCUGCGCGAAGAGUACACCGAGGCGUACAGCAAGUACCAAAAAUGCGAGGGCGUGCUCAACAAGAAGGUUGGUAGCAAUAAGUCUUUCAUGGCCCAUCUAUACUACGCGUACGGCAAUCUCGAGUUUGCCCAGGGUGACGUCGUCUCGGCGGCCAAAUCGUUCGAGUUGACGCGACAGAUCUCCAAGGACUUCAACCCGAUGCACCCUCUUACAGCGGCGGCAUGCUACAAGAUCGCGUGCUGCGAAUUCGAACAAGACCACCACAAAAAGGCGAUAUCAUUCCUCAACAAGGCCCAGGACAUUGCUGAGGUCAACUCGGGCGGCGUCAUCGACGGUACCAUCGCCCGCAUCACCUGGAAGAGGGCCGAGGUUAUGCUCGAUGACCCCCUCGGUGACCGUACUGCGGGCAACAACAUCAUGACCGACAUCCAGUGGCAGCAAAAGGAGAUUGCGGAAAGAAUGCAGGUUGAUCUGAGAGGCCUCGAUGCCAUGGAAGACCGUGAGAAGAGUUUCGAUCUGUUGGUCACGGGUUAUUUCAGAUAGUUGGUAAUCCAGGUUGGGAAUUGGGGUUGGGAGGCCAUGGGCCUCAGGUGGCCAACUGAAAUUCCCUUUUGCAAUAAGGCUUCUUACGACACGGAAUAGGCAUAUUUGGAAUUUUGCGGGCGGUGUUGGUGGUGACUGAUUCACAUUAGGAUUUUGCUUCUCACGUUAUCAAUAGUGCGAUUGCUAUUGCUGCAGCUGCCGAUGACCAUCAUUAUGAUUGUCAUUGCGAGAAUUGGCAUCUUCAUCUCUCCGA